CAAACAACAAGAAGAGCAGCGACUGGGAGCCAGCAGACACAUACUGAUACGCAGAAGCGACCGUUGGUGGAGAGGGGAAAAAAAUAAUAAAUAAAAUACAGAGCACGACUUUCUGAAAGUACUAUUCUGUCGAAUGAAUACGUUUACAGUGUUUAAAGAGACCAAUGCAUUCGAUAAAUUGGCUGUAGACACGCCGUGCAGACAAGCAGUCUGGUAGCUAUAAACAGUGAAGUGGUGCAAAGGGAGGAGGUCAGGAAAUAAAGGAGUUACCUAGAAGGUCUCCGUCAGUCCACAUUUCAGUUGGAGCGAGAGAAAACGGCACAGAGGGAGUGAGAGAAAGGAGAAGAGGAGUGCGAGUCGCGUCUGCUCUUGGCAGCUGUUCCAGCAGCCUAUUUCAUUGUUUUUUCGGCUGUUAUUUUGUUCCUGCGUUACGUCUUUUGAUCAAUCAGUUCAUAUUUUUAACGUUAAUGUGAGAUAUAACUGCUGUAAAAAAACAAAAAAAGAAAUCGCAAACAAAAAAAGAAGACAUUACUAGCAAGAGUGUUUUAUUUUGUUCCAUUGUUAAUUUCUAAGGUUCUUUUCGUUUCUUUUUUAUGUUAACAACCUUUUUUGGCUGUGAGUAGCAGGAGCUUCCAUUCUCCAAACUUAUCAUUGAAAGCCCUUCCUUAGUUAGGACCUGAUAACCUGGUAUUCCUCAAGCACCUGAAACUGGCAGCUAUUCUCUUUGUGUGUUUGGGGAGCUCUGUGACCACAGCUUAAGCACCACUCAGCCUUCUAGUCACCUAAGCCUAACUAAAGCCAGCCAGCUCGAGCCUGGUCCAGCCCAGUCCAGCCUGCUCCGAUUAUCUGGACAGGAUACUCAGUUCUGUGUGGACGUGAGGAAUAUGACUGCUGAGACUCUUAACUUCGGCCCAGAAUGGCUCCGUGCACUGUCCAGUGGGGGGAGUGUGACGUCUCCCCCUCCUUCCCCCGCCAUGCCAAAGUACAAGCUGGCCGAGUACCGCUACGGCCGAGAGGAGAUGUUAGCACUUUAUGUCAAAGACAACAAGGUCCCAGAGGACAUGCAGGAUAAGGAGUUUGCUGCUAUUCUGCAAGAAGAGCCCAUGCAGCCACUGGCACUGGUACCUCUCACUGAGGAGGAGCAGAGGAACUUCUCCAUGUCUGUGAACAGUGUGGCAGUGCUGAGGCUCAUGGGAAAAGGAGUGGGUGGUGCGGCCCCAGCUGGAGUGGUCCGUGGACGAGGAGCCACACGGGGUGGUCGAGGCCGAGGCCGUGGUGAAGGUGGAUUCUACCAAAGAAGUAUUGAAGAUGCCGAGGUGGGUUUCGGUCGCAGCGUCCGAGAGAUUCACCGCAGCCAGAGCUGGGACGACCGGGGUGAGCGUCGAUUUGAGAAGCCGCUGCGGCGGGAGGUGGGACGUCCUGGCUUUGAAGAAACUGGAGGUCCCGGGGGUCCGGGGAGGAAAGAGUACACAAGGGCUGACAGUGAUAACUGGCGCACCCUACGGGAGGAGCAGGAGGAAGACGAAGGGGAGCCGGGCAGUAACUGGAGACUUGCUGGAUCCCGUAGGGAUGAUGGUGGUCCUCGCUCAGCGGGCUGGCGGGACCACAGUGGUCCAGGAGAAGGUCGGAGGAGGAAGUUUGAUUUCGACUUCCGGGACUCUGACGGUCACGGUGGCGGGCGUCGGCGCGCAGGCAGCGAUGGUCUAGAGGACGAUAGGGACGGCCUGCCCGAGUGGUGUACAGAUGAGGAGGAUGGGGAGAUGGGCACUUUUGACUCGUCUGGAGCGUUCAUGCCUAUGAAGAAGAGUAGCAAGGAGACAAUCCUGGAGGAGUUUGAGUUUAAGGGGAUUGAGGAGGAGGAAGAGGAGGGAGACAGCCUUGCUGAUAUGGAGAGGAACAGCGCUGAAGGAGACAAAGACAAGGAGAUUAAAGAAGCCAUCUCUGUUGUUGGAGAUGGUGAGACAAAGCCAGCAUCUCCUUCGUCUUCUCCAACAGCUCACUGUCCCCCUCCAUCGCUGGAGUCCCAACCCAGCAGUGCUAGUCAAGUGGUGGAUAAUGCUCAGCUGAGCAACAGCCAGUCUGUGAAGGCCAGCAGCACGUCUGGUGAAGAUGCAGCUCCAUUAGGGGGCUCCAAGGCCCAGCUGAGUCCCAGCACCGCAGCCACCUCCUCCAGCCUGCCUCCUCCACCCCCCUCAUCUGCUGCUCCUCUCCUCCCGCCAUCUGGAGGAGACGCUGAGGACGACGAAGGCAUGAAACACCUGCAGCAGGAGGCAGAGAAGAUGGUGGCAUCACUGCAGGAUACUUCUUUGGAGGAGGAGUGCUUCACCCAGGCUCUGCAGCAGCAGGAGAGCAGGAACACGGCAGCUGCUCUGCCGCUAACUCACGAGGCUGCCAUGAAGUGGUUCUAUAAGGACCCGCAGGGAGAGAUCCAGGGUCCAUUCACCACGGUGGAGAUGUGUGAGUGGUUUCAGGCUGGCUACUUCACCAUGACCCUGCUGGUGAAGCGGGGCUGUGAUGAAGGUUUCCAACCCCUGGGGGAUGUCAUCAAGAUGUGGGGCCGCGUGCCCUUUGCCCCGGGUCCUUCCCCGCCGCCCCUGCUGGUGAGACAGCUACCACCAACGCAGCGCCCGCAGCCCAACCGGGGGCCCGCCGGGACUGGAAACCUGGACCAGGAGCGCCUGAAAAAGCAACAGGAGCUCGCAGCAGCAGCUCUUUAUCAACAGCUCCAACAGCAGCAGCAGCUAUUCCAGCUCAUGAACAGGUGCAGUGAGCAGAGUAUGAUGCCUUCGAUGAACAGAUCGAUGUCAGUGCCAGACACAGGGUCCAUGUGGGACAUGCAUACCUCAGCUUCACAGCCGUCAGGUGGUGAAGCCAGUCUUUGGGACAUAACAAUGAAUCCUUCUACUCAGGGUCCAACUCUCGAACAGCUUCAGAAGCUCCAGCAGGAGAGACGAGACGCUGAACUCAGGGCGAAGCGUGAGGAAGAGGAGCAGCGUAAGCGAAGGGAGGAGAAGAGAAGGCAACAGGAGGAGCAGAAAAGGAGGGAGGAGGAGGAGAUCUUCAGACGCAAGCAGUGUCGUCAGCAGCAGGAACUGAUCAUGAAAUUGCUGCAGCAGACCCCCCAGCAGCAAGGACCGGGGGCAGGCAGCUCAAGUUGGAGUGGGGCUUCCUCCUCUGGGCUUUCUAAGGCAGGAAAGCCCCAGGCUCUGGCUUUGCUGGAAAUACAGCAGGAGACCGAGAGACUUCUGAAGCAGCAGCAGAGAGCCCAGCAGCAGAGAGACCGCCACUCUGGUUUGUCGAUGGGGAGCUCCUCCAUGGGAGGGCAGUGGGUGGAUGGCGUCGGUAUGUGGGGAGGGCCGGGUAGUCUGGAGAGUAAGAGCAGUAGUGGAGGGUCUUCGGGCAGCAUGGGCAUGUGGGACGAGGCUGUGAAGAACCAGACCGGCCUGCGUGGGAACAGCAACAACAACAUGGGCCUUAAGAACAGCCGCAGCAGCCCAUCACUCAGUGAUCAGUACAUGAUCCGUCGUAAGCGCACCGAGGAGGAAGAGAAGCUGCUGAAGCUGCUGCAGGGCAUGAAGCCUCAGGACGGCUUCACCACCUGGUGUGAACAGAUGCUGCACGCUCUCAACACCUCUGCCAACAACUCCUCCUCCUCUGUGGAUGUUGCCACAAUUGUGGCAUACCUGAAGGAGGUGGAGUCUCCCUAUGCAGUGCUGGAUUUCAUCCGGUCCUACCUAGGGGACACAGUGGAAGCCAAAGAGUUCGCCAAACAGUUUCUGGAGCGACGUGCCAAACAGAAAGCCAACCAACAGAGACAGCAGCAACAGUUAUCAAAGGAAGUGGCUGGAUUGAACAUGAACUUCCCUCUGCAGGAUUCAAUGCGAGGUAUGAAUCCCAACACUCUGCAGUCCAUGUUUCAGUCCAACCACAUGGGCAAGGCUGGUCUCUAUGAUAACCAGGGAGGAAAGAUGAAGAAGAAACAGCCCAUGAUGCUGCACUCUGACCCCAGCAUCUUAGGGUACUCAUUCCACAACACGGGCGAGUGUAUGAGCCUGAAUGAGAUGGAGAUGGUGGAGGAUUACUGAUGUGACGCAGCGCAGCAGCAAUAGCUACCUGAGGCCUUCUGUCUUUUAAUCAGACAAACCUGAUGACGAAUGUGCACUGCUGGGGGAACCGAA